AUGAUCAUGAUCGCCCACGUCUUGCGAUUUGUCGAAAAGCCUUCCAAGGAGGUCUUGUCCCGAGCGGAUGCCUAUGCCGAAUCGGCCGUAGCUGGGACUCUUCCCCGAACCUAUCAAAGCUUUGGUGCAAUCGAGCUUAUGAUUCUCUUGCUCGCUCAACACUAUGACAUGCAGAGGGGCAAGUUCACAUCUGCUUGGUUACUGAUUGGGAAUUGUGCUCGCAUGAUGCAAAUGAUGUCGCUUCACACAUUUGAUCGAACAUAUACAGCGAGAUUGCCAACUGAUCUUUCACCGCUUCUUUCGCGCGAAGCACUACGUCGCGUUGCUUGGGCCACGUUCUACGCUGAUACCAUGGUCGAUGGUGGUCGUUUUGGGUGUCAUGUUGUGGAUGAGACUGCCCUUGGUUUCCUACAGCUGCCCUGCGACGAACCAAGCUUCGCUAAUAACCAGGAGAGAGAAACCGAAUCACUCUUUUCGCCCCGUGGAGUAGCCAAUAACAUGAGCUCUGCGAAUCUGGGUAUAUCGGCAUACCUGCUACGCACCGCUGCCACACGCCGUCGCGCUCUACACUUUGCCUUUCGUGCGACGCAUCGAGAGGACACAGUUGAAGAACUCACCAUUGAGCUCGCAAAAAUUGAAUCUCAUGUCAAAGAUGUCGGCGACUCUUUACCUGAUCAUCUCCAUUACAACAGCCACAAUAGACUUCUUCACCAAAAUUGUCUCACCACCUUCAUACUCCUCCACGUCUUGCGACACAAUCUCUUCAUCAUCGUCGACCGUGCCGCGCUACAGAUAUAUCGCCGUGAACCCGUGCAAAGUGAUCUCAUAGAUCAAGCGCGGCGCAGAAGGAUCGCGCAUGCCUUUCCUAUUGCUGAACUAAUUGCAGAAGGACUCGAGGCUGGCAUCAUAUUUGAUCCUCAUACUGGUGUGCAGGCAUACGUUGCACUAGAAAUCCUCCUACUUGAGCCCAGUCGGCUCGCCGCGACAGAUCCUGACAUGGAUCCAAAAGCCAAUAAAUUUGAGAUCGCCCUCGGCCACCUACUCAGUUUGAUUCGAAGCCUCGCUGCUAGAUCCGAGAUUGUCUACCGCUUGCAUAUUGAAGCCGUAUAUCGCCUUUUGCAACACCACUGGAUACGUCUAAUUGACGACAAUGAUUUGAAGUCAUUCCAAAGGGAUUACCGUCUAGUUGGCCAAGACGGUGCCGAAUAUGACUUUCGCGAAUUUCGGUGGGCUAAACUCGAGCGAGUAUCUCGAGACGUCAAGACUUCUACUACCAUGCCCCGCGAUGAAGUGUUACUCGAGAGUCGAGCAGAUGUGGAAGAAAACAACCAUGUUUCAACCUCUGCGCCUCUUAUUGAAUCUGGAACCUCUUCUUCUGCAGCAGAAGCAAGUCCGGCACUGAUGUUGCAGUCCCAAAACUACGACGGCCUCAACACGCUCAACCAAGGACCGUCUAUAAGCGCCGAACAAUAUCAGCCGUGGUUGGAACAGGUUAUUGCAGAGAAUUUGGCUCAAGAAUUUUCGUUGGAUUGGUCAACAUGGCUCUUUGACGGAUCAGGAACUCCAUGGCCUACUGGCAGUUCUGCAAUGUUUUAG